AUGAAUUCAUUACAUCGUUUUGUAAAUAAACCUUAUCUGUUAAAUAAUAUAUUUUCUAAAAAAUUUUCAAAUAAUGUUUUGAAAACUCGUCUGUCUUAUAAUUCUCAAUUUAAAACUUCAAUUCAAAAAAAGAAUUAUUCUAAUAAUUUAAAAGUACAUACUAGAAUUGAAGAAGAACUUCAUGAAAAAGCUCAUAUUGAUUAUGAUCGUGUAGCUAUUAAAUGGAAUCCUUCAAUCGCUAAAUUGUAUGAAGAUGCUUUAAAAUAUGAGGAUGGAUCCGCUAUCUCUUCAUCUGGUGCUUUGGUAACCGCUUCUGGUAUUAAAACUGGUCGUUCUCCAAAGGAUAAACGUAUCGUUGAAGAACCUGGUUCUUCCGAGGAUAUUUGGUGGGGUCCUGUCAAUACGAAAUUACCCGAGAAUGUUUUCCUCAUUAAUCGUGAACGUGCUGUAGAUUAUUUAAAUACUCGCAAAAGGAUCUACGUCUUUGAUGGUUUUGCGGGGUGGGAUCCAAAAUAUAGAAUUAAAGUUCGUGUGGUCUCCGCACGUGCUUAUCACGCAUUGUUCAUGCGAAAUAUGUUGAUUCGUCCUACAACUCAGGAACUUGAAACCUACGGUUCUCCCGAUUUUACCAUUUAUAAUGCCGGUGCUUUUCCCGCAAAUCGGUACACCACUGGUAUGACUUCUACAACUUCUGUUGCUCUUAAUUUUCAUGCAAACGAAAUGGUUAUCUUGGGUACAGAAUACGCUGGUCAUGGAGGAGACGUGUCUCUUUUCUUUGGUUUAUCUGGUACUGGCAAGACUACACUUUCUGCUGAUCCAAAACGUCUUUUGAUUGGUGAUGAUGAACAUUGUUGGUCAGAUGAUGGCAUCUUUAACAUUGAAGGAGGUUGCUACGCAAAAUGUAUUGGUCUAUCUCCUGAAAAAGAACCAGAAAUUUAUAACGCUAUCCGUUUUGGUUCUGUCCUAGAAAAUGUCGUUUAUGAUCGUCACACUCGUAUAGUAAAUUAUGAUGAUAGUUCAUUAACGGAAAAUACUCGUUGUGCUUAUCCGAUUGAAUAUAUUCCAAAUGCCAAAUUACCUUGUAUUUCAUCUGGUCAUCCAAAAAAUAUUAUUCUUUUAACAUGUGAUGCAUAUGGUGUUCUUCCACCGGUUUCAAAAUUAUCACCAGCUCAAGCUAUGUAUCACUUUAUCUCUGGAUAUACUGCCAAGAUUGCUGGAACUGAAGAAGGUGUCACUCAACCGGAGGCUACAUUCUCUGCUUGUUUUGGUCAACCUUUCCUUGUACUUCAUCCAGCACGUUAUGCAACGAUGUUGGCUGAAAAAAUGAAACAACAUUCAGCUGAUGCUUGGUUAAUUAAUACUGGAUGGAAUGGUGGUGCUUAUGGAGUUGGUGAACGUAUUAAACUUAAAUACUCUCGUGCCAUCCUUGAUGCUAUUCAUUCCGGUGAACUCUCUAAGGCUGAAUAUGAAUCCUAUGAUGUAUUUAAUUUACAAAUUCCAAAAUUAUGUACGGGAGUUCCAUCUGAAUUAUUAAAUCCUUCAAGAACUUGGAAAGGUAGUGAAGAUGAAUUUAAGAAAACUCGAAAUUCAUUAGCCGAGAUGUUUACUAAAAACUUUAAGAAUUACGAAGAUCAAGCUACACAAGAAAUUCUUUCGGCUGGACCCGUCCUCUCGUAG